UCAUCACCACACCCGCCUUCAAGCCACCACUCCGCCCAGCCGCAGGCUGCCUGCUCUUCCCUCCUCUUUUGACUGCGCCCUGGCAGCUGUUCACAAAACCCCGUUCGUUUGCACGAGGCAGUCGGGCUCUUCUUGUUCCUCUGGCGCACAAAAGCUUAGUUACUUCCCCAUCUCGCCCACCAUCGGGUCGGCCCGUCGAAAUCUCCCCCAAUGAGUCCCCUGUCGGCCCAAGCCCUCGAUUCUCGCGAGCCGACUCCUCUGCGCAUCGUCCCCAUCCGCCGACAAGCCAAGAUAUGGGCCGUCUGACCCGGAGCAUUCACUGCGCAUUCGAGAGUAUGACUUGAUACUGAAGCCGCGACGAGACGCCCUUGCUACCACGGCAUCUCUCUCCCCGCCCGCCUGCCGCCCCUCGCGCGCGCGACGUUGUGCGCCGAGCUCCGUUCACACCACUCCUUACUCCCAGUAGUUCUGCCCUCGCUUCUCGCCAGCGAGCGGCGACGGUCGAACCAUUCCACGUCGCCAUGGCCACCGCCGAGCCCUCGACUGCCCAGCUGUGGGGGCAUGCACAUAAGAUCCGCAAGAGUAUUCAGAGGCGGCUCGACAAGAUCCAUACCGACAAUGCUUCCGAGGCGGAAAAUGCAAAGUUUGAGGCCAUCGACGGCCUCUUGGAGAAACUCCGACUCGCCUGCGUCCAGACCAUAUUUCUCGAUUUCAAAUUCGCGACCACCGAAGGCGUCGAACAGGCCCUCUGGGACACCCACAUCGCCAUCAAUGCCGAGUAUCGGAGGGUCCUGAAGCGGCCCAAGAAUCCCGCGCAGGCCGUCGAGCGCCGCAAGGUCGAGAAGAUGUACCACAGCUUCCUGCGCAUUGCGCAAAAGUUUUAUAUUGGUUACAUCCAGCGCCUUGCCGCCCGCUACGACAUUCCGGAAUUGCGCUGCGCCGCGCAAGGAGUCGAUGCUGAGCAGAUGGACUCUGGCGACCGCAUCAGCCAGCUCACCGAUGACAUGAGCCUCCUCGUCCUCCAAUCCUGCCAUUCGACCUUGCUGCACCUGGGUGACCUGGCACGCUACCGUAUACAAGCGAAGCAGAAGAACUCGGGGUAUGAGAUGGCGUUGACAUACUACAAUCUGGCGCGGCACAUCAUGCCUCGAUCCGGCUUUGCCCUCCACCAGAUCGGCAUUGUGAAUCUCGACUGCGGCAACCACCUCGAUGUCGUGUACAAUUUCUACCGAUCUCGAGUCUCAGAGGUCCCGCACCCCAAUGCAAAGGCCAACUUGGAGAACGAGUUCAAGACUCUCCGAAAGCCAAAAAACGACAAGGGCCGACGGAGCCCCUCGACGCCCAACGACGUCUUCAGCUCCUGGUUUGUCAAGCUUCACGCCUUCUUUUACCAAGGCGAGCGCUUUCCACAGCAUGAAGAGCUCGAGCAUGAGGUCAUGCACCGGCUAGAUAUGGCCUGCCGCGAUGUGACCACCUCGGACACUCUCCUGAAGAUGGCGCUGGUCAACAUCUGCGCGUACGACGUUGCUUGCGCAAGCUAUGCAGGGACCAAGACGGAGGCGGCCUUGCGAUUCAGCCAGUUCACGCUGAGAUUCAACGCACAAUUUUUGUCGAGGAUCUGUCGAGCCCUCGAAUCAACGCUACGAGAGGCCAUCUCCGAAAGGAACCACAGUGCUUCCGAUGGCGGCCACGUAGAGAUCGUACCCGCCGUCACAUCUUUACUGCCGAUUUUGCGAAUCUACUGCGUCUGGAUCGCAUCUCAGCGCCCUGAGCUCUUUGGCCUAGGCAACACAACUGGUCCCGCCACUCAGGCCAUGGUGCAGGUUCUAGCCAAGAUUUUCACCCAGCUCUGCGUCGUAUCGUACACGCGGAAAGACCUGGCCUCAGCUCCAUACCUGCUGCCCGAAGACCUUGAGAUCCGCGGCGUGCCUUCCCUGACAGGGGAUUCGGUGCCUGCGGAUUGCCGCGUCUACAGCGUCGAUGGCGUCACUCACAAGCCGUAUACCCAGCAUCCGGAGCAGCGAUUAGACGGCCUCUAUGAGGAUUUGGCACGCAUCUUAGAUGUCCUUCGCUGCGCUUAUUUUAUGGCCGAAGACAAGGCCACGCCCCUGUCCUGCGACGUGGUUCAGGAUUCACUGGUAUUCGAAUACCUCUCAGACGCCACAGCGGUGAUUGCGGACCACAACGCGGGUCAGCAUCCGUCGUCAGGUUUCGAUGCCCAAGCGAGUGGCGCGUCUGCCCAGCAACUGCCAGCUCCCACAGAGUGGACGGAGCAAAUGGUGGUGGCGGAGCGAAACUCGCCCUCGCCGCCGGCUGGCAACGCGCUCGAGGCCCAGACGGAGCGGACAGUCAUGGCGAUGCUGAGCCCUUUUCUGGGACCGCCUACGCCCCAGAAGGACGAUCGCGGCCGGAACUGCUCCUCGUCCUCGUACGACAUGCAUACCGACACCGCCAACGACAUCUUCGCCCCGGCCCAGACGCCUGCGAGGCCCAACUCGUUGACCGGACCGGGCGCUCUGGCACCCUACCCGUGGGCUUGGAACGACAUGCCGAAGCCGAAUCCCGCCUUUGCCGAAGCGUACAAGCGCGCAAGCGCUGAGGUCCCACCCAACACUACAAUGGCAAGCAGUCAUCCCGCGGACGUUGCGUUUGCGAGUCUCGGACAUGCUGCCCCCAGCCACCGACAGGACCAUGUGGGCGGCUCGUACGCUGCGGGAGCUGAUGCAGCCCACAGAGAGCACCUGCUGCAGUCUCUGUCAGGUCAUGCCCCCCAACAAGCUGCUGGCCAAGCUGCGCGCUCCCCUCAGCCCCCGUCGGGGUGGGCAGAUCUUCCUUCAGCGACGAAUGUGCCCUCGUCCUCCAUGGCGAGUUAUUUCUCCCACCCGAGCAGUCUGUACCAGGGCACGCCCGCCAACGGGAACGUCCACGGCCACAUCCAGGGCCCCUCGCCCUACAGGCCAGGGGGAGGCUCUUUCCUUGACGCCCGCGGCCAGACGGGCGACCCGUCAUCGCGCCUCGACGAGGCUGCCCGCCGUGCGCCCUGGGGGAAGUGAACGCGGCCGGGACAGAUGAUCUGAUCGAUCGAGUGCCCUCACUUGGUACCGUCGGCGGCCGGGGGCGAAAGCUGGCGCUAGUUGGCGGUGGAUGGAUGGGCUAUACGCCUUCUCGUCUUUGGCCCCGGGCGUCUUUGCCGCUCCAAGCGCCGCGCUUGCUCCAUGCCUUCCUUACCCGGGCUCACGCUCAACUCAACACCUCCGCGGUUCAUGAGCUCCCCGAUAGCCUGGUCGGCAUCUCUUCGGAAGACAAAGCCCGGGCAUCAAGGAAUCAUCGCUUUUCUAUUCGUGUGAUGGGAACAGCUCUUGUUUGCAUUGCCAUCAAAGAGUUCACGUGGCUAUUGCGCGGCGGGAUACGCAGCACAUGCUGGGUACGCAACACAUGUCAAUAGCAGUUGACUGAGCGCAGCGUCAUCGGAUGAGCCUGGCCAGACGCGGCCAGAGCGCCGGACAUUUGUCUAUAUUCAUAUCUUUGAAGUUCAAAUAAGUCGGAUCGUGGAGGAUACCGAGUCGCUAUGCGAAGAGGACCGCAACGUCCCUGGGCUCCAGCAUCACAGAUGCAAACGCCGUUGUUGAAACUGUUUUCCCCAUUUAGCCCUCAACGCCGAACCGCACAGUCGUUUCUAACAUGCCAAGCGCCUUUGCCCGGGGGCGGUGCUUUACGAAGAGGCCUGGUAGACCUGCUUGGGGAAGGGAUAGCUGGAAGCCUCGAGUUAGCCACAGAUGCGUCCCACAAGGUGGAGGAAGAGGGGAGGGGAUGAGGAGAUGAGGAAACGUGGG